AUGGCACCCAAACUCGCCACUAUUGAUGCCUCUGAGCCCUUGGAUAGGAUCCUGGACGCCAUAGCUCGAGACGGCGGUGUAAUUGUGUCCAACUUCCUUGAACCUGGGCUUCUAGAAGAAUCCAUGCGCGCAAUUGAGCCAUUCCUCUCUAGUGGAAAGACUUAUGACCCCAAGUCUGCCCAGAAAGACCUUGGGGAUGACUUCUUCCCGGAGGGUUCCCAGCGCGCCUACGGUCUCCUAGCCAAAAUGCCAGAACAGAUAACCAAGAUCAUCCGCCUGAACGUCUGGCAAGGUGUUAUGGCUCACUUCUUGAACGGAGAGUUCGUGGGAUUCAACGGCGCAAACAAGACAAGCCGGAAGAGCGGAUACAUACUUUCUUCGACGGCAGCUAUUCGACUGGUCCCGGGAGCUGAGAGACAAUCACUGCACAGAGACGAUGUCAAUUACGGCACUGGCGGCUUACACGACCCUGAGAACCCCCUAUUCACCCCCAUGGUCGGCUGUCUAAUCGCUGGCUCGAGGGCUACGUACAAGAACGGCGCGACCGCGGUCAUUCCCGGAAGCCACUUAUGGGGUCCUGACCGCGCCCCUAAAGUCGAAGAGUGCACGUACGCGGAGAUGGAGCCAAGAUCAGCGCUCUUCACGCUCGGCAGUAAGUACUUGGUCGGUCGUCGGUCCCAGGCAGUAAUAGAAGGAUGUGAACUGGCAACUGAUACACCACUUCAAUUCGCAGCAACAUACCACGGAGGCGGCAUGAACCAGUGCGAGAGGACCGACCCAGAUGCGGUGCGCACCUUGUUCGCCAUCUUUGGCCAACGAGACUUUUACCGCCAGGACCAGCAGGAGAUUCUGUCCACUCCUAUAGAUAUUGCUCGCAGCCUGCCCGACGACAUCCUUAGGUUGACCGGCUACUAUAAAGCAAUCGGCGGCGUUGGUUUCAUCGGAGAUCACCAGGACCCAGCAGAGUUUUUGCAUGGUGAUACCAAUGGCGUGGGGAAAUUUGACAACUAG